UUUCUUUUGUAUCUGUCGGAUAUCUGACUGAUUUAAAAAAUAAAGUCUGCAUUUGUCAGGAGAUAUGAUACUCAGGAGAAGUCUCUUCUUGCUGCUUUUAUCUUGUGAUUUCCUCCACGCAUUACCUCAAGAUGGUGAGCAGGAGGACGAGACGUCAUUCGACUUGUUUGAAAUAUCCCACAUCACUCGCAAGACUCUGGGGGCCAAACAGUUUCGGGGCCAAAACUCAGAUGCCCCCGCUUACCGCUUCAUCCGCUUUGACCAUCUGCCCCCAGUGAGCCCCGUAAUAUUAAAACAAAUUCUACGUCAGAUCCAAAACAAUGAGGGCUUUGUGUUUGUGGCCAGCAUGCGCCAGGACCGCACCUCACGGGGCACCCUGAUUGGUUUGGAGGGCCCCGAUGGCCGGCGGCAGUUUGAGAUUGUGUCCAAUGGACGGGCCAACACUCUGGACCUGGUAUACUGGGUGGACGGCUCCCAAAAUGUGGUUUCCUUUGAGGAUGUGGACCUGUCUGACUCACAGUGGAAGAAUAUCACACUUCAUGUUCAUGGGGAAAAUGCAAACCUGUAUGUUGGCUGCAGCCUGAUAGACAGCUUCAUCCUGGAUGAUCCUUUCUACGAUCACCUGACGGCUGAGGGAAGCCGCAUGUAUGUUGCAAAGGGAUCCAAUCGGGAGAACCACUUCAGGGGCCUUCUGCAGAAUGUGCAUUUUAUCUUCGACACCACAGUGGACGACGUCCUGCUGAGCAGAGACUGCGAGGUCCUUAAACCAGAUGAAGCCAAUAUUGUGAGCGAGAGCACAGAAAUUAUGGAUGUGAGUCCUUCGAUCACUACAAACAUUAUCGGACAGCAGACAGACGAUGCGGGCACAGAUAUGUGCGAGCGCUCCUGCGAGGAACUCAGCACCAUGUUCCAGGAGCUCAAAGGCCUGCGUGUUGUGGUUAGCAACCUUAUUGAUGGCUUGCAAAAAGUGACAGAGGAGAACACAGUCAUGAAAGAGGCCCUUGGGAGGAUGAAGGACACUAAAGAGAAAAACAUGUGCUGGCAGGAUGGCCGCCUGUUUGACAAUGAGGAAGACUGGGUUGUAGACAGCUGCACCAAAUGUACUUGCCAGGAGUCCAAGAUUGUGUGUCACCAAAUUACAUGCCCUCCAGUGGCCUGUGCCAGCCCGACAUUUAUCGAUGGCGAGUGCUGCCCCGUUUGUAUGCCUAUAGACAGUGAGGAUGGCUGGUCCCCCUGGUCAGAGUGGACAGAGUGCACUGUCACCUGCGGGACAGGAACUCAACAGAGGGGUCGGUCAUGUGAUGCAACAAGCAACCCAUGUACUGGACCUUCGAUCCAGACCCGCAAGUGCAGCCUGGGCAGAUGCGACAGCCGUGUUCGCCAGGACGGAGGUUGGAGUCUGUGGUCGCCAUGGUCGUCCUGCUCAGUGACCUGUGGAGAAGGACAGAUCACUAGGAUACGACACUGCAAUGCUCCCGUGCCACAACUGGGGGGUAAAGACUGCGAGGGAAGUGGGAGAGAAACUCAGCGCUGCACUGCCAAACCCUGUCCUAUUGAUGGUGGUUGGGGUCCUUGGUCUCCAUGGGCAACCUGUUCAGCAACAUGCGGAGGGGGAGUCAAAAGUCGAUCACGUGAAUGCAACAGCCCUCAACCUCAGUACGGUGGCAAGAAUUGUAUUGGGGAGGCCAACGACAGUGACAGCUGUAACAGAAAAGACUGUCCUAUAGAUGGCUGUCUGUCUAACCCAUGCUUUGGGGGAGUGGAUUGCAACAGUUCUCCAGAUGGAUCCUGGGAGUGUGGCCCAUGCCCUGCUGGUUUACGUGGAAACGGUACCCACUGUGAAGACAUCAAUGAGUGUGACAUGGUGUCUGAUGUUUGCUACAAAGUGAGUGGAAUGCAGCGCUGCGUCAACACUGAUCCAGGUUUCCACUGCCUGCCCUGUCCGAAGCGCUACAAGGGCACCCAGCCUUUCGGUAUGGGUGUAGAAGCUGCCAAAAAGAACAAACAGGUGUGUGAGCCAGAGAACCCAUGCAAGGACAAGACCCACAAUUGUCACAAAUAUGCCGAAUGUAUCUACAUCAGCCACUUCAGUGACCCCAUGUACAAGUGUGAGUGCAGGACCGGUUAUGCUGGAGACGGCUUCAUUUGUGGAGAAGACUCUGACUUGGAUGGUUGGCCCAAUCAUAACCUUGUUUGUGGUGCCAACGCCACAUAUCACUGCAAAAAGGAUAACUGCCCAAGCCUUCCCAACUCUGGACAAGAAGACUUUGAUAAGGAUGGCCAAGGAGAUGCUUGUGACAAGGAUGAUGACAAUGAUGGAAUUCUAGAUGAGAGGGACAACUGUGCCCUCCUUUACAAUCCUCGCCAGUUUGAUUUUGACAAGGAUGAAGUUGGCGACCGCUGCGACAACUGUCCCUAUGAACACAACCCUGCUCAAAUAGACACCGACCACAACGGAGAAGGGGACGCCUGCGCAGUGGACAUAGACGGAGAUGACAUUAUGAAUGAGAGCGAUAACUGCCCCUAUGUGUACAAUACUGAUCAGAAGGACACCGACAUGGAUGGAGUUGGUGAUCAGUGUGACAACUGUCCAUUGUUGCACAACCCUGACCAGACCGACGUAGACAAUGACCUGGUUGGAGAUCAGUGUGACAAUAACCAGGACAUCGAUGAAGACGGCCAUCAGAACAACCUGGACAACUGUCCUUAUGUGGCCAACGCCAACCAGGCUGACCAUGACAAGGAUGGCAAAGGAGAUGCAUGUGACUAUGAUGAUGAUGAUGAUGGUAUCCCUGACGACAAGGACAACUGCAGGCUGACACCCAAUGAAGACCAAAUGGACUCUGAUGGCGAUGGAAGAGGGGAUGCCUGCAAAGAUGACUUUGACAAUGACAGUAUCCCAGAUAUUCUUGAUGUGUGUCCGGAAAACAAUGCCAUCAGUGUCACGGACUUCAGGAAGUUCCAGAUGGUCCACUUGGAUCCUAAGGGAACCACUCAAAUUGAUCCCAACUGGGUGGUCCGACACCAGGGCAAAGAGCUGGUUCAGACUGCCAAUUCAGACCCAGGCAUCGCAGUAGGUUUUGAUGAGUUCAGCGCUGUGGACUUCAGUGGAACGAUGUACGUGAACACAGACAGAGAUGAUGACUAUGCAGGCUUUGUGUUCAGCUACCAGUCGAGUGGGCGCUUUUAUGUAGUGAUGUGGAAGCAGAUCACACAGACCUACUGGGAGGACAAGCCUUCCAAGGCCUUCGGCAUCUCCGGCGUUUCACUCAAAGUCGUCAACUCGACUACUGGCACUGGAGAAAACCUCAGGAACGCUUUGUGGCACACGGGCAACACUCCGGGACAGGUGCGGACUCUGUGGCAUGACCCCAAAAACAUUGGUUGGAAGGAUUACACAGCUUACAGGUGGCAUCUCAUCCACAGACCAAAGACUGGUUUUAUAAGGGUCGUGGUCUAUGAAGGUAAACAAAUCAUGGCCGACUCAGGACCAGUUUAUGACAAGACGUUUGCCGGAGGAAGGUUAGGCUUGUUUGUCUUCUCGCAAGAGCUGGUGUUCUUCUCCGAUCUCAAGUAUGAAUGCAGAGAUAAGCCGGAGUUUCCAACUGUGUUCAUAAGAUAACUGAAUCAAGUCUGAUAGAAAAAAAAACAUCAGAGGGGAAAAGACAAGAAUCUUUCAAAGUAAACAUCACGUCAUCACUAGAUCCUUUUCAAAGUAAAUGAGACUUUCCAUUCUUCUCCACGAUUUGCCUUGAUCCAUCCAAUGGAGAGGAAACCAUGGCCGAUUUCAAUUUUCCUGUUGACUUAUACAUUUCUCAAGCUGGGAAUGAAAACAUUUAUGAGAGUGGAGGAGGUUUUUUUGUUGUUUUUUUUAAUACUUAAUUAUACCUAGUGUACCUACAUUUUAAAGGAUUCAUUGUACAACCACUUACAUGCUGUAUAUGCUUUCCUACCGGUCGUUCUCUAUCGUUAAUCAUUUUUUGACUGUUUGGGAUUAACAUGCUCAUUCAUGGCUAAUCAUACAGUGUUUGACAAACAUAAACUGUAACCAAAGCAUAAUCAUUUAGCUGUCAAGUCCAUUACUAUUUCUCCUAAUUAUCUUCAUCCUGAAUGUGUGUUUUUUUUAUGGAGAAUGUUUUAAAUAAGCCAUUUUAGUAAAGCCAAAGAUGUUUAUACUAAUUCUGUAUUAUAAUUCUUUUUUGUA